UGAUCCAAAACACACCUCGAAAUCUACAAUGGAAUACCUUAAGAGGCACAAGCUGAAGGUUUUGCCCUGGCCCUCACAGUCCCCUGACCUAAACUUCAUUGAAAAUCUGUGGAUAGAUCUCAAAAGAGCAGUGCAUGCAAGACAGCCCAGGAAACUUGUAGAACUGGAAGCCUUUUGCAAGGAUGAAUGUGUGAAAAUCCCCCAGGUCCAUGUCUCGCCAUGUGUGGUCUGCACCUCAGAGGCCUUUUCGAGUUUGCUCGUGGAACAGAGAGAUCAGGAAGGGGCUCACUGCAUCAACCUUAGCGGAGCUGAAAGAGAAGGCAGCCCACACUCUGUUAAUUUCUACCCUGCUGUCUCUGGUGUGUGAGGAAGACGGCACUGAAGUGGAUUCAGAUGAAUUCCUCUUGGCCUUGCCAGACAACACAGUGUUCAUGGCACUGGAGCCGGGACAGACCUGGAGACCAUAUCCUUUAGGUCACAGAGGCAGCAGCAGCAUCAAACCAGCUGACAACAAACCUCGCACAGGUCGUGACAUCGCUCGAGUGACCUUUGACCUUUACCGUUUGAGCCCCAAGGAUAUCUUUGGCUCUCUAAGCGUGAAGGCUACAUUCCAGGGUCUGUACUCGGUCAGCGCUGACUUCCAAUGCCUGGGGCCGAAGAAGGUGCUCAGAGAGGCCCUCAGGAUGAUCUCCACUGUACUCCAAGCAGCAGGUCACAUGUUAAUCAUGUCUGCCACGAUGAUUCGCCGAAUCAUACAGGGAGCAGACUUCCUGCAAGCUCACGGUGCUCAUGAGAUUCAGACAGAAGACUGGAACUGACUUGCUACGUGAUCAAGAAAAAAAAAAAAAACUUCUCUUGCUUUGUGAAACGCAAAUUCGUAUUAUAUGUUAAUUCAUAUUAAUAAUUAUAGCGUUCAUUGUCUGUUUUUUUCUCUCAGGGCCAUUCAGCCAUGACAGUAUAGAACGGCAUUGUAAACAGGAGCAGGUUUAUUUAAUCAGUGUGCAGAUCUGUUAACUGUGACUCCGUUAAAACAAAUAAUUUAAAUAAUAAUUAUAUAAUCGCAUGGGUCUGUAAAUGAUGGCUGCACAACA